CUGCAUCCCAACUGUAUGAACAGUAAAUUCUCCUAUUUUAGCAUAAUGAACCUGGUAGGUUUUGUGCGUGAUCACUGGUACAAUAUCCUUGUCCCUCUGGGUUUUGUGCUGGGAUGUUAUCUAGAUAGAAUGAAUGAUGAAAAGCUCACUGCAUUCAGAAACAAAAGCUUAUUGUUCAAACGGGAAUUGAAACCAGGUGAAGAAACUACAUGGAAGUGAUUCAAAUACUUUGCUGCAGAAAAGAACAUUAAAAAGAAUCACCACAACAGUUUUAUUCUCGAUGGACUUUCAUUUAAGAAUUAAAUUAAAUAUUAUAUGAAAAAUG